AUGUCUGAUCAAGUAUUUGCGACUUCAAAAACGAUACAAUCGAACAAACUUGAUGGAAUUCUUUUAAAAACCUUAGAAUUUUCUAGUGCAGUCAUCAAAUUAAUUUCCAAGAAAAAUGGAAAGAAAAUUGUUCAACAUUUCAUUCUGAGUCAUUUUUGUCAGCAUCAAGUUCAGGAAUAA